UCGCCCACCUCAAAUGUUAGCUAUAACAAGCCAGACACUCAGUUGACACCCUCAAACUUCGGCAGCAGCCAAGCUGCAUAGGCGACAUGGCUUCCGAUAAAAUAACACAAGAUUUUUCUAAAGACAGAUAAAAGUCUUCCAAGUGUUUUGGAAUGAGAUUUGUGACGUGAUGCGCAACCACGAUGUGUGACAUUUGAAGAACAAUUGAGUUCGGAAGAAAAAUCUUGAUUCCAGUGGAAUCUUAAAAUAUUUUUUUACCACUUGCACACACACCCACCCAACCCCUACACACGCUGCCCAGCCAUGCCCGUGCAAGCCCCACAAUGGACAGAGUUCCUGCUGUGUCCCAUUUGCACUCAGACUUUCGAGGAGACGGUGCGGCGGCCCAUUUCGCUGGGCUGUGGCCACACAGUCUGCAAGAUGUGCCUGAACAAGCUGCACCGCAAGGCCUGCCCCUUCGACCAGACGGCCAUCGCCACUGACAUCGAGCAGCUGCCCGUCAACACAGCCCUGCUGCAGCUGGUGGGGGGACAGGUUCCCAAGAUCCAGCCAGUGGCCCUUAUCACCAGCCCAGAAGACGCGCAGCACUAUGAGGAGGCCAGUCAGUGUGUGGAGGAGCUGGCCCUCUACCUCAAACCCCUCAGCAAUACCAGAGGGGUGGGUCUGAGCAGCACGACCCUGAGUAUGCUGAGUCGACCCAUGCAGAGGAAGCUGGUGACCCUGGUCCACUGUCAGCUGGUGGAGGAGGAGGGCCGGGUGCGGGCCAUGAGGGCAGCAAGGUCUCUGGGGGAGCGCACAGUCACAGAGCUCAUCCUGCAGCACCAAAACCCCCAGCAAUUGUCGUCCAAUUUGUGGGCCGCCGUCCGGGCCAGGGGCUGCCAGUUCUUGGGUCCAGCCAUGCAGGAGGAGGCUCUGAAGCUGGUGCUGCUGGCUCUGGAGGACGGCUCGGCCCUGUCCAGGAAGGUCCUGGUGCUGUUUGUGGUCCAGCGGCUGGAGCCACGCUUCCCCCAGGCCUCCAAAACCAGCAUAGGCCAUGUGGUGCAGCUCCUUUACAGGGCCUCCUGCUUUAAGGUGACCAAGCGCGACGAGGACUCGUCGCUGAUGCAGCUGAAGGAGGAGUUCCGGACGUAUGAGGCACUGCGGCGCGAACACGACUCCCAGAUUGUCCAGAUCGCCAUGGAGGGCGGCCUCCGCAUCGCCCCUGACCAGUGGUCCUCCCUGCUCUACGGGGACCAGUCUCACAAGUCCCACAUGCAGUCCAUCAUCGACAAGUUGCAGACGCCGGCUUCAUUUGCCCAGAGCGUUCAGGAGUUGACCAUCGCCCUGCAGAGGACGGGCGACCCUGCCAACCUUAACCGCCUCCGACCACACCUGGAGCUCCUGGCCAACAUCGACCCGAGCCCCGACGCCCCCCCUCCCACGUGGGAGCAGCUGGAGAAAGGUCUGGUGGCGGUGAAGACUGUAGUCCACGGCCUUGUAGAUUUCAUCCAGAACCACAGCAAAAAGGGAGCCGACCCACAACAGCCCCCCCAGCACAGCAAGUACAAGACUUACAUGUGUCGGGACAUGAAGCAGAAGGGAGGCUGUCCUCGAGGAGCCAGCUGUACCUUCGCCCACUCUCAGGAGGAGCUGGAGAAGUACCGUAAAAUGAACAAGCGUUUGGUAGCUCGCCUCCCUGGCUCAUCUGGCCUGCUGUCGGACGAUGGACUCUCUUUGGACGUGGGGGUGACCCGGAAACCCUCGCCCCUCACCAACGGCUCAGCUGUACCCCCCAUGCCCCAGCUCAUCGCCCGUGGCACCGACCUUGUGACCUACGACCUGUUGCGCAAGCCCAAGAUGGACGGCGGGAGCAACAGCUCCCCGGGAUCGCCCCCUGACUCUCUGGACUCGGGGCCCAAACAAGGGUACCCCCAGCCACCCCAUGCCAUGGGCUACUCCAGGGGGCCAGGAGACCACAUGUCCAUGCCCAAGCAGAUGCCCAGUGGUGUGGUGCCCCGGGGGCCUCAGAUGUACCCGCAGCAGCUACCUGAGAUGUACUACUCUGACUCUCGCCCCCCGCCCUCCUCCUCGCAGUACGACCCCUCGCAGUAUCCCCAAGGUUACCCCUACCAGCAGCCCCCAGUACGCCCCCAGCGCUACAUCCGCAACCCCUCCCCCAGCGAGCCCGCCGGACUCCCCUACCAGGACCCCUACCCUGACUACGGCCCACCCGAUCGCCCUUACCCGGCCCACUCGGGCCCUCCAUUUUCCUACCCUCCCCCAUCCCACUAUGACACCCGGGGCCGUCACGGCCCUUACCCCGGCCCCCCUCCGCCCCAGCCCUACCCCUCGCAGAGGGACGACAUGGUCCGGAUGAGCCCCGCACCCCUGGAAGGGCCCCCUUACCACCAGGAGCAGGCUGCCAGGGAGAGGUAUCCCCCAGAAGGAUUCUACCCACCGGGGGCCCAGCCCCAACCCUUGAGGUCCUACGUCAGAGAGCCGUACGGGCGCUCCUCCCAGCCCAGCCUAGACUACUUGCACCACCGCCGUAAGGAGCUGAUGGCCCAGCUGGAGGAGAGGAAGGUCAUCGCUCCGCCCACCCUCCCCCACACCUUCCCCAGUGACUACCCCCCAGAAUAUGGGGAGGAGAGCUCCAAAGCCUUUGGGAAGUGCAGGGAGCCCGACUACGCGGGCCAGUACUCUCCCUGGUCCUGUGACACCAUCGGCUCCUACAUCGGCACCAAGGACUCAAAGCCCAAAGAUGUCAUGGCGCCCGGGGCCAUGGAGAUGAUGAAUGUGGACGGUAAAGGUAGGCGGGGGGAGCCCUCCAUGGAGGCCCAGGUCAGGCGGGGGACAGAGGUGAAGGACGACGACCCAAUCAUCCCUUUCGGCCCCCAGCCCACUGUGUCACGCUUCGGGGCCAUCUCACGCACCUCCAAGACAGGCUACCAGACGACAGGCCCAAUGCAGGCCUUGGGCUCCACCCAGGGACCCAACCCCAAGCACAUGGCCAUAGCCGCGGAGUACUCCUAUGAGAACCACGGAGGCUGGGGCGGAGCCUCCUACCCCUCCCACCAAACUGUCUCCUCCUCUCAGGGACACUUCAGUGAAAGGCUGCCUAUGCCAACUCAGGACAGAGAGCAGCUGAAGACUGAGCUCCAACAGGUCAACCAGCAGAUCAACCAACAGUCUCAGAUCCACAGCAUGGAGCUCUCCCAGCCAGGUCAGAACCAGGGCCAGCAGGGGGGGAAGUGGCCUGGUCCAGCGGGGGGUUCUGGCAGCGCUGCCCCAGUGUCCAGCGAACAGCUUAGCAUGGAACUCCACCAGGUGGAGAGGGAGAUCGGCAAGAGGACCCGCGAGAUGGACAUGGACAGCCAGGUGGCUCAUGAGGUCCUGUACAAGACGAAGACGGCAGAGAAUGGUCAGCAGGACCACAAGGCCCAGCUGGAGGAGAUUGCUAUGGCCCUGGGUGAGGUGUCGAAUGGCUCCAGCGGUCUAGUUCAGGAUGGCGGUGUGGGCGGAGCUAUGUUGUCACUGACCACUAGGGCGUCAUCGCUUAGCUUGUGUUCUGAACCAGGACCCGGGGGCUCUGAUCUGCAGAAGAACGGUGUGGUCCAUUCCUGCUCCUAGACCAUAUACACUGCGACACACACAACAAACACACACUCAGAGCCUUUGUUCUAAAAGCAUGCACACACAUACUUGUUUUAUUUAGAGGAUGAGCAGUAUCUGCCGUGAUAUGAAUUUUCUUUCUUUUUGUUCUGUGAAUGAGCAUUUUCUUUAUUUUUUAUGACUUUCAUCGCCUAGAAACCAUUUGAUGACAUUUAUUUCUCUUGUGUUUUUUUUUUUACUGGGAUUAUAAAAAAAGACUCAAAGUAGAUGUCAAAAAAAGCAGAUGAUGAUGAUAAUUGUUCAAAGAAGGCUAUCCCUCCUACGUAGAUAUCACAUACCAAGACACGUAGUGCAUCGAAGGGUGGAUUAUUUCUCAAUUCUCCCCCUCUAUUUUUUGUGCCCGUUACCAGGGUAAGCAACUUGCAGGGACCUUAAUUACCCCCAAAGAUGGUUUUAAGGCUGUGAAAUGUAAACGUUCAAUUUCGUAAUCAAUUUAGUAUCGAAUCCUAACUCAAGUUAUGGUCGUUUUGGUCGUAUGUGCUACAUAACUAUCAAAAGUCUUGGUGUUUUACGACGUAGUUAUGUCAGCUGUCAUAAGUAUCAUGUAAGUGUCUGUUUAUAAUGCAUUAUAGCCUGAUAUUUUACAAGGCAAGUCGGUUAAGGACAAAUUCUUAUUUACAAAGACGGCCUAGGAACAGUGGGUUAACUGCCUUGUUCAGGGGCGAAACGACCGAUUUUUACCUCGUCAGCUCGGGGAUUCGAUCUAGCAACCUUUCGGUAACUGGCCCAACGCUCUAACCACUAGACUACCUGCCACCCCGGUAUGACACGUUGUUUCUUUCUGAUGCCUUUGACAGCUAACUAACGGUUAGUCAGUGUAGUAACCGUUCUGUUGGCGUUCAGUAAUAAAGGUGUAACCGCUAGUGUUCAGGAAUACGCCACCCCCAGAAUCGUAAAACGUGUUUGACCAGAUGGGG